AUGUUAUUUAAAAACAAUAUACAAGUUGAAUCUCCUUCCGAUGCUUUACAUGUUAAAUAUGAUCAUCUCUCCAUCGAAGACGAUUUACAAGUUCAAUGUGAAGAAUUCUUGUCAACCGAAGGCACUUUACAAGUUGAAUAUGAGCCAACAAAAAUCACUUCACAAGUUGAAUGUGAAGAAUUUAUGCCAAAACAAAGUACUUUGCAACCUAAAUGUAAAGAACCUGUAAUUAAGCAUAAAAAUGGUUUAAAAUAUAUUCCCGCAGUCGACUUGCACUUACAUAGAUUUCAAUCUGCGAAAAAUCUAAUUAUAGAUACAAUCAAAACAUCUUAUUCAGCCGAAGUAUCGAGUAUAAGAUUCAUAACAGGACGAGGAAAUCAUGUCAAUACAAAUGGAGAACGAGGUGUUCUUUUUCAAAAUUUUCCAACAAUGAUAUCAGCGAAAAGGGUCAGUAGUUUCGUCAAAGGUUGUAUACAACAUGAUGGUUCUUUUACCGUACUUCUUAAACCAUCCAAUAAACCAACAUCACGUAACACAGUCUUUAAUGUAGAUAUGAUUAAAGAAGCCGCCUCAAAUGGUGAUAUGGUGGCUCAACACAUUCUCGGAUUAAUGUAUAUCGAUGGUAGUAUUAAAAGAGAUGUUAAAAAAGCUUUACAAUGGUUAACAAAAUCUGCAAAACAAGGAAAAGGUGUCACUAAAGAUAUUAAAGAAGCUUUUAAAUGGUUUAGUAAAGCAGCUGAACAAAAUGAUAUUGAGGCCCAAUUCGUUCUCGGAUUAAUGUUUAUUAAAGGAUAG